AUGGCCCACAUCCCACCGGCAAAGGUGACAGUUCAGGGGCCCCACAAUGAAUCAGAGCCCGAUCACAAAUCACAUCUCCAGGAACAGUUACAGUCCAUCUCAAGCACUGUGACCCAUCUCUUAGUUGACAAUGAUACUCCCUCGAAUACCGAGUGGGAUUUGCUUGGGGCGCAUUUCAAACAGGUGGAGAAUUUGCAGCUAGAAAGCGGGUUCAACGAAGAGCUCAAUGACAAAAACAUCCCCCUCCACUGGCCUCUGAAGAACCUCGAGUUAGGUUCUGCGUGUGGGGAACUCAUUCAAAGUCCCUUUAUCCGCCAAGGGCUGGUUCAGCGCCUGAAGCUCUACUUCACAUGUAACCUUCGAUUUGAGGGUCCAACGACCAGUGAGCUAUAUGACACACACAGUGAGGCGGUUUCCAGGGGAAAGAUAGAAGGGGAAUACAUGAAUGGUGAAGGUGAUAAAAAGAUUGAGAUCACAUAUUUGCCAGAGCUCGUUUGCAACCACAUGAGCAAGAUUUACUCUGAUCCUGAUCGAAAAUUGGAUCCCGAAAAUGAGCCCCCGACCGGGCCCAUUAGCCUCCAGACACUGGAGAUUUGGGAGAACGACGCGAUAGAUACCUUCUGUCGAAUGUUUGGUGCACUUCCUCAUUUGGUUGACAACCUUCAUACACUGCAGCUCAGGUCCACUAGUGGGCUGGACUUUAGUUUGAUUGGAGAGGAGACCUUUCGUCAGCUUCUACCUGCCAUGACAAAUCUUAAAGUCUUGAAUUUGACCGUGGGGGAUGUUUUCCAGGAUCCCACAUUUCUUCCGAUGCUUCACAAGAUUCUACCUCCCAAUCUGAGAACCCUGUACUUCCGUGCUCCAGCCUCACUCACUAAAUCCGACCACUGGGCCGACUGGUUGCAGUCGUUCCAGUCCAGUGAAUUUCUCCCGCAUUUAAAACAUCUCGCCUUUGUCUUGGAUUUGUACUACAAACCCAAUUCCACGAGAUCUUUCGGGAAAGAAGAAACCGAAGCACCUCUGGAUUUGCUUCUUUAUGCCCGCCAGGAAUGCCAAACCCUUUACGAUGUUGCGCAGAAACGUGGAAUUCAUUUGGAGGUCAUGCCGAAAGAACCCGAUUUUGCUCUUCUGAGACCGGUGGAUUCUCGAUGGUAA